AAUUUCCGUGCUUUCGUCUCCCCUCACCUUUCCGCACUUUAUAUCUUCCAAGGGCUUCAAAAUUAUUGAAGCACCUCUUCCAGCCUUUUCUUUCUCGAUAAGCUGGAACCCUUUGUAUUUUCUCUUCCUUUACAGCUUUUCUCUCCCUUUCUCAGGCUAUUCCUGUACCUGAACCCGCAACCCAAUGUCUCCUUCACAUCAAAAUGGUAACGAGACACAGAAUUCCUCUGGACCUCCCGUUUUCCUGAAAAACGGUGAACGUGUCCGUAUAAAUGAUCACGUUUAUUGUUCUCCCAGUGCAGAGGCCCGCGAUGGCACCCCUUAUUCCAUUGCACGUAUUAUGGAAUUUCUGAGACCGCUCGGUAAAACACAGGAGAUAUUUCAUUAUACUCGUGUUCGCCUUGCUUGGUAUUACAGGCCUUCGGACGUUACAGAGCGAACCGUCGCAGAUUCACGUCUCUUAUUGGCUGGCAUGUACACUGAAGUGUGCGAUAUCAAUCAGAUACGCGCCCGUUGCCACGUUGUACACAGAGACAAAAUAUCCGACCUAGCGGGCUGGAAGAAGCGGCCUGACCGCUUUUACUAUAAUCGGCUCUUUGAUCCGUACAUGAGGAAAGAGCUGGAAAUCAUCCAGGCCACCGACGUCCGAAAUCUUCCGGAUAAUAUUAGAGAGACUUUGAUCUCACGCUACGAAUAUGUUGUGGCGGAAAAGGAAGUUAUUCCUGACCUCACUGAUCGUCUUCGUACGUGCGAUACUUGCUCGGAAUGGUGUCCAAGUCUGGAGUCCGUUCAAUGUGACAGAUGCAAGCGUUUUUUCCAUAUGCAAUGUGUCAAUCCUCCGCUGAUGGCCAAGCCAUCACGAGGAUAUGGCUGGACAUGCGCGCCUUGUUCACGAAAACACGAGGAGGAAGUCGAUAGUCAUCAUACUCGUCAGCACACUCCAGCCACCAAUAGGCCGUUGAAAUCCAAUGCACCUGCUGCACGAGGACGGGGACGACCACGGAAAGACAAGUCGCAGCAAGACAGAGAGGAGAAUCUUCCUAUCAAGUACUUUAAGAUGUGGCCCUUUCGCUACUUUGGACAAUAUACCGUAGCAGAGGAUACCCUAGAUCCGGACGACCUUAUAUCACCUCGAGCACCAACGCGUGUGGGCCCCAAGUUCCAGGCAACCUUGAUCGAGAAGAAUGCCCCAUAUCCGGAUGAGGAACGAGGUGGUGAUAGCACCGUGGAAGUGUUGAGUGCAAUCAACAUCUUGACAGGAGCGGAAGUGGACGAAAUGGAAUCAUGUAAACGCAGUCUCACCAAUGAUCCCAAGGUCUCGUCUUCUAUCGAUUGGUUGACCGAAGUUAUCCGUCGGUACUCGGAGGCCGCUCUAGCGGCAAAGUCGAUGUAUUCAGUCAAUAUGAAGACAAUCACUCGGCAGGAGCAGUGGAAAACCCAGCCGACCAGAUAUACCGAUAGAGAAUGGUCCCGAGAAGAAAUAGGCGCCUUUGAAGACGCCAUCUUUACACAUGGUGCACAACUCCGAGCUGUCAGGGAGGAAAUUGGUACCCGGUCGAUGCCGGAAGUUGUCCGAUUCUAUGGACAUUGGAAAGCUGGUAAACUUGGGGAAGAGAACGAACGCCUUAGGACACAUGGCGCACUCCCAGAGCCUCAAUAUGAGCAAUGGGGAAGUCCGGAAGAGGCUUAUCAAGGCCAGACCGUAGGACCGGCUGACGAUGAAUCAUCGAUAGUCACUCAACCUUCCAAGGCUCCCAGUUGUGGUGCCUGUCGGACUCGAGAUUCCAAGGUGUGGUGGAAAGCGCCGAAGGGCCUCGCCACCAAUUUCCUUUGUGAUAAUUGUGGUCAGAACUGGAGGAAGUAUGCUGACCUGAACGUGCGGAGUGUGCGUGAAGAGUCCGUACCUUCAAUGAAGUCCCGAUCAGCAGAGAAACGGGAAGGGACUCCUUUAACGGGACCUGUUACUAAGCGUACUAGGCUAUCCACCUCAUCUGCUAGUGUUGUGUCUACACCACCCCCUCCUCCUCAGUCAGCGGUCCAAAUUCAAUGCGUCUGUUGUCGAAAGACUGGACCUAUCGGCAAGGUGUUGAAGUGUACGAAGUGUGGGUUCCGUGUCCAUGCUGGUGUCUGCGGUGCCGUUGUCAACCCCGAAGAUGUCGAGAAGUGGCGCUGUGAUCUGUGUUCUAAUGAUGAGACUCUGGAAGCGUCCCUGAUUAUGGAAUGCAUGCUGUGCCCUCGAAAUCAACUGUACGACAAGAAAUUUGGUCCGUCGACCAACUCUGUCCUUCGUGCUUGCAAGCCAACGGAGGGUCAACAAUGGGCUCAUGUCCUUUGUUCUGUCUUUAUUCCUGAACUCACCUUUUCCGACGCAUCCCGGCUUCGACUGGUCGAAGGAGCAAGUACAAUCGUUCCUCACCGAUGGGCUUCGAGAUGCUGUAUAUGCCAUGAGAAAGGAGGCGCUGUUAUUCGAUGCUCUGACUGUAGUAGGGAAUACCACGUAUCAUGCGCCUGGGACUUUGGGCACAAGUUUGGGUUUGAGAUACAGCCAGUGAAGAGCAGUCGACGAGAUACCACCAUCACCACGACCUUCCGCGACGAGACAGGAUGUAUGAACGCUAUCAUAUCAUGCAAAGAUCACGAUCAUAGUCGACGAAUGAUUUAUGGUUUGUGCGACACAACCGACGGCGGAGAGACUGCACUGCAAGUUUACUGCCGUAAUUACAAACAGGCGACGGGUCAAUCCCACGCUCUCCUCCGCAAGGCCCGGCGUCUUGAUCAACUUCUCAAUGUCCGGAGCGACGUUUCUGUAUCUCCUCCCCGCGACCGCGAAGCGCCAGUCUUCAAUCCCGACCCCUCAUGCGAUACUUGCCAUACAGAGUUCAGCCCCGCCUUCCAUCUCAUUGAUGAAGCAGCCCAGACGUACAGAUGUCAUCGUUGCUACUUUAGUCAAGUCAAACCCGUGGUCAAUUCUGUAGUUCACGAUGCUCCUCCCGAGCUUUUAGUUAAUUGAUCUGGUAUCUCAUGUAGUCGGUAAACAACGCUUUGAAUGUGAAGGAUGGAUGAUAAUAUACUUUUGUGUGCGACGUGGUCU